GAGAACUGUCGUAGAUCUGUCAACGUUGCUGAGACGAUCCAGCCACAUGGAGAUAUGCUGAGACGAUCCAGCCUUUUGCGCUAAAUGAGGAUCCACCUAGGAGAGCUUUCACUCAGUUUGUAAUUAUUCAUUAUGCAGGACGUGGUGCUGAUUGUUGUGUGUAAUGGGGCGUGAUCUUCGUGUGGCUGUAAUUGGACUUGAUCUGCAUGUGGCGUCUAUCUCGACCUCUGAGAAUGUUUGCCUGAGUUGGUCGUGUGAUCGGCAGUGACUGUGCAUGCAUGGUCUCCGUCGUUUCCUCUGUUGGUACAACUAGUUUCAUCAUUUUCUCGCUUUUUGAAGACGCACGAUGGCAGUUCUUCCAGCAAAAACGAGGAGAGCUUCCUCGGCGUAGGCGAGACAGACGACGACCGCUGGAAAGAUCCGCUUUUUUUUUUCGGGACUAGUCUCAUGACGAGGACGUUUUCGAGACCAGUUCUGCUGCCGCUAUUGCUAUUACUAUCUAUAUCGAAGAGGACUACCCUUAUAAUGGGUGGAGCGGCCGUUGCAGAAGUGAAGACGCGCACAACGCGCAGCGGGGACGUGUACGAAUUACGGCCAGGAGGGUCGUGGAGGCUCGUGUCUCACGGAAGCGACGUCGAUUUGUUGAAAAAUGAGGAUGGAGAACAACCACAAGGACCACUCCUCUCGUUACCCUGGCGAUUUUACACGGAACCAGUAUACAUGCUUGGAAUGGAGGCGGAAGAGGAGGGCCUCUUCGAGAGGAUGGACAAUAAGUGUUUUGCUCAAGAAGUGCCUUGCAAUGGCACGACAGCUUCAGGAGCUGCUUUGAUGUCUAGUCUCGAUGCGGGGGAUGCUGGCGGUUUCGCUUCGCGAAAAAGGGGGAGAAGACUCUCGGUGAAAAGUUUGGAAGAGCGACGAGCCACUGCGGACCAAGAAACGGGUGAUACUGGCGGCGUCGUGUGGGAUGCGGCUGUAGUGCUAGCUGCACUAGUGAAUUCUCCUCAUUUUCUAGGUGGAGCAGGCGACAAUAUUACAGACAGAGAUCAUCAUGCAAACGGAAGCGGUGUCAACGUUAUGUGGCGUCGACCCGGACUGCACUUUGGGGAUGGUGUAGGGCUAGAAAACGGGGGUUCAACACAAGCUGUGGCAUUAAAAGCACAGAAUGAACAGCUACGAACGCGUUUUGCCACGACUGAAGGAGCAGCAAAGAAAGCUGUGAAGGAGCUCUUCUCGAACUCGCAUGUGGUCGAACUAGGUUCUGGCACUGGGUAUGCCGGGAUUGGCGUCGCUGGUAGCGGAGCGGCCUUGAGCAGUGUGACUCUAACUGACUUGCCCUACUGCGUAGAAAACAUUCGCGCAAAUGUGGAGAGGAAUGGCAUGCGGGUGGAGGAAGAGACGCCGAUCCUCGUCAGGGAGGUGGAACAAGUAGACGGCAUCAAACUAGAGGGCGGAAGACGUGAGGAAAGGACUUCUGGCACACUCCUUCCUCGAGUACACGCCCUUCCUCUCGAUUGGACGUCACCGAGUCAGAACAUUCGAAAGCUCCCUUUUAUGAGAGAGGGAGCUUGUGAAGGAGGUGAUCUUGUGCUCUUAGGAGCUGAUAUUCUCUGGGUCCGGGAACUUGUCAAUCCAUUGGUGGAGACGGUGAAGAUGAUAGCGAGGAGCUUUCUUGAUAGUAGAAAACGGCAUGGAACAAGUGUGCGUCCUACAUGUCUUUGUGGAGGAAACACUGCUCAUUGUUCGCAAGGAACAAGUGUGCGUCUAGUUUUCUCUCAUCAAACCAGAAGCAGACCCUUGGAUCACUUAUUUUUAGAACAAAUACUGGAUAUGGACUACACUUCUGAAACCGAGAAUGAUGUGCAAGUUUUUGUGGAGGAAACACUGCUCAUUCGCAAGCAACCGGAGAUCAAAGUAUGGAUUUUCCGAUUUGUGCCACUUGUCCCACCUAAACAACAAGACCAAAGAAGGUAAAAAACUUUGCCAAAUGAAAUACCCCAUGAUUAUCGCUCACAAAAACAACCCUAGUUUUACUGAUAUGACCGUUUUUGUUUGGUGUCUUCUGUGAAGCACAUGUGUAGGAGGAAAUGCCUUCUAGAUCAAAACGUGAAUGGUUGAAAAAAAUCCCAUUUGGAGUCUUCAGUUCUG